CGCUUAGUCAUCGUAGCUACCCCAGCUCUGCAGGUUACCAGUAGGUGGGCAAGGCUACAAGCUUGACGCGUGCGUCUGAACCUCAGCUCGAUCGUCAGUGACAAGGCAACACCAGAUCACAUCAUCAAUCAGCAACUCCAAACUCCAUCAUCUCUGCGCAUCGAGAAAUAUCACACAGCUCUUACUUGGACUUUCCUUCAUAUAGACCGCAAUCAUGGCUGCCAUGUUCAGCCAGAACCCUUUGAUGAAUGGGCCCAACUAUUCAUUCUCCGAUGCCCCCAAGACCAACAGCGGCGAGUUUCGAGAACAUCGAUUUAACCCCUACACCGAUAAUGGCGGUUCGACUCUUGCCAUUGCUGGCGCAGACUUUACCAUCAUGGCUGGUGACACCCGCCACACCAGCGGUUAUAGCAUCAACUCUCGCAUGUCCCCCAAGGUCUUCCGAAUCGGAGGCACCACUGCCUCCCAGGAGGAUGCUACACUAGUCCUAUCUGUUGUCGGCUUCGCUGCUGACGGUGAGGCCCUCCGCGACCACCUCGACACCAUCUGCAAGAUCUACCGUUAUCGCCACGGCAAGCCCAUGACUGUCAAUGCUUGUGCCAAACGCCUCUCUACCGUUCUCUACUCGAAGCGAUUCUUCCCCUACUACUCGCAUGCGAUGCUCGGCGGUCUGGAUGAGGAGGGCAGAGGCGCUGUGUACUCAUAUGAUCCCGUGGGGAGCUAUGAACGGGAACAGUGCCGAGCAGGCGGUGCUGCGGGCAGUCUGAUCAUGCCUUUCCUGGACAACCAGGUCAACUUCAAGAACCAGUAUAUUCCCGGAAGCGGAGAAGGCCAUGAAUUGAAGGAGCGGGAGCGACGUCCUCUCACACGAACAGAGGUCGAGACUGUCGUCAAGGAUGCCUUCGAUGGUGCGGUGGAGCGUCACAUUGAGGUUGGUGAUAACCUUCAAAUGCUUAUCAUCACAGCAGACGGUAUUGAGGAGACUUUCUUGCCCUUGAAGAAAGAUUAGAUGGAAGGAAAGGCGAAAGAGGAAUGUAUAAUAGGGUAUUCCUUAGACGCCACGGAAUCAAUGGGCCUUCCCAACGGUCAAUUACGAGGCAUAUUGUGGUGUGAUGAAUAUGAAUAUGAUACCGAGUCGCUUCAACGACAAAAGAGAAUGUCCAGCUCCAUGAAUUGCAAACUAACAGGUGGCCAGUGAGGCUUCAGGAUGCAAAGGCCUUACUUGACUUGGGAAUCUAGGUUUUAUAAAUUACUUCAGGCGGCACUGAGCUCUGCGGACCGCACAUACCUGCUAUGCACUGGACAUGGGGAACAUUUUCCAACACCACUGAAGCCAUCGUGUUCGACCAAAUAUUCACAGAGGUCAGGGCCCCUAAAUCACUUACUGGCACUAUGCGAUUGCAGUUUCAAUUAGCUGCCCAACAAUUAACUUGCUGCGGUGGCGGUAUGGACAACAAGUGAUGGUAUGACGGCGGUUUGACCUUGUAACCAAGGGGCGAAGCACUUGUAACGGCAUACUCGAAUUACACUUUUAAUCACCAAAAGGUUCAAUGGCAUACCAACACUCGAACAUCCUAUCAGCAUACUCAGCCAGUGGUUCAGACCAUCCUGAAAGAGAUGAACUAUUCACUUCACCGGGCAACGGUGCUUGUUUGCGAAUGAGUUCAGCUGUACCACAGCUAUUCACCCUCACAAUUCUUGCGCGGCGUUUUCAUGAGUCUGGCAUGGCGAUGUGUUACUUGCCUGUCUUUUUGUUGUACUUUGGGUGUUGACAAGUAACAUUGCUAAUUAGUCUAAUUAGAGAUGGUAUGGUAUCGGCACACGGCAUUUGAGAGACCCAUGUCGAGCUGAGCUCUUUGGUCCAAGUCACUGUUGCAACAUUGAUCAUCUCAAGGGACUCUUGACAUUA